UUGACAAAAUUUCAUCUCUCUUUCUCUCUAGGGUCUCCCUAUAUAAGAUUCAGUCGUUCAGUCGCGCAAAUUCCAUCUGACUCACUGUGUGUUAGAGAGAGAGAGAGAGAGAGAGAGAGAGAAAGAGAAUAUUCAUUCAAAGCUGAAUCUGAUGAAGUUUUUCUUAGAAUUCCGGUGGUGUUGUGGUGCCAUCGCCGCCACUCCGCCGCCGCAGCAAGAGGUGGCUCGGCCUCUGCCUUCUCGGAGUCGCCGCCGCUCGAUGAAAGUAAACCCCUCGGCGCACCGGAAACCGGAUCUUUCGGCGAUUUCGGAGGACAGUGUGGUCUCGGAUCUCGGUGCCAAAAAGACUGAAAACAGAAACAAAAAAGCCUCCGAAAAAUCCAAAUCCACGGCCAUCGCUAGAUCUUCUAGCCACUGUGAUAAUUACAGGAGAGGUUCGAUGUUGAUGGCGAGCCCUGGUUUCUCGGCUAUGCCAUUCUUAUUUUGAGUUCGAUUGACGAUUGUUCUUCUUCUCUUUCUUCUUCUUCAUGAGAGUUCAUCAAGUGUUUGAAUAUUUGAAUUGAUGGAUUCAUAGAUUAAUUGGUACAUGUACUACAAACCUUUAUAAUUGUUGUUUUGAUCCUAAUUAGAACCAAAAGAGUAUUUCUACUACCUUAGUUAUAUGUGCUGUAUGAUGAUUGGUAUUCUUGUAUAAAAGAGUGUGAGCUUUUCUUGAAGGAA